CCAGCAUCUCCAGAGGGCCCUAGCAACGCAUUGUUGCCAGGCCGACCGUGCCCGGGUCCACUUCGAACCCUGGUUGCCAUCGUCAUACGUCUGCCCGCUGUGUUACCAGGAUCAAGAGAACGAGCAUUGGUACCGAUAUCAUAUACAGACACAUCUUACCGCACUCCUCACAGAUCACAAUGUCACUUUCGAGCUUGCCGGGGAGCUGGAGGAAGCAGGCCCUCGCAGGCGCCAGCCACUCGGCGCCCAAGGCCCCGAGGACCGACGUCGCGGGGAAGGCGCCAGCAGCCGGGGGCAAGGCGUCCGCGGCCGGGGGCAAGGCGCCCGCGGCCGGGGGCAAGGCCCCCGCGGCCGGGGGCGGACCGGCAGCAGCGGCCUCCCAGGCGCCCGCGGCCGCGGCCAAGCCACCUGCAGCCGCGCCACCGCCGGCCAGACCAGUGCGCCAGCAGCGCAUGGAGGUGGACGAGGAGGAGGCCGGCUCACUGGGGCAACGGCUGCUGGUGCAGCUCGAGUCGCGCGUGCGUACAUUGGAGAGCAUCGUUACCUUGUGUUUCCUCCUGAACAAGACCGCUCCGGUAGUAGUAGCCAUGAAGACGGCCCUCGAGGAGUACAACAAGGAGGUCGAGGGCAUGGACGACCCGAGCAGGCACCACAGCCCCCACCUGGACGUGGCCGCGGCCCUCCUGGAGUUCUUCGCGGAGGGCGAGGUGCCGGGCGGGCUCGACGCGGCCGGGCAGGCGCGAUGCUACGCCCUCCGGAGGCUUCAGGCGAUGAUGCACAUCGGCCCGGCACAUCAGUUCGCCGAGUGGUGCAAGCUCGCGCUGUGCUUGCCCACGUUCACGCCGCCGGGCAAGGAGGAGAAAGUGCGCUUGAUCAUAGCGUUCGAGGGCAGCGUGGAGGUUUGCUACGAGCCGCAGGCGGAGAUGGAGCACACGAGCAAGAUCCUGGAGGCAACGCGGCACUACCUCAGCGCGGAGGGGGAGGCCCAGCAGCAGAGCAUCAAGGAGCUGGUGAAGCUCACGCCGCUGAGCCCGCUCGAACUCGCGCCGGGGCUGUCCCCGCCGCCGGCGCGCCUGGUGCAGGUCAACAGUCUCCUCUCUACGGCGCUGGUGGCGCACGGAGCAGCCUUCCGCAGUGGGAGGGCGCCUGUGGGCAACCUCGCCUACAAGAUUGGGAAGAAGCGAGGCCGCCGAGGAGGAGGAGGCCGUAAGUGAGGGAGGGAGCCCGCCGCUGGGGCCAGCUCCAGGGCGCGGUAGGAGCUCCUGCCAUGCGCACAGGCCGCACUCGGACUUGUAUAGGGGCUGAGUUCGGGGAGCGGGGCCUGUCCUGGCGGGGGGAAGCACAAAGCACGUAGCUGUGAGCGCCGGACGGUUUACAUAUACAGGCAUAGAGCACGCAUGCCACUACAUAUCGAAGCCAUUCCUGGCAAUUUGGCUGCACUUUUUCCACACACACGCGCUAAUCGAGGACCGUCCGAAGGCGAG